AUGCCUGCGAUGGCGGAGGCAAUCCCGAUCAUCGACCUCUCCGCCCCCGAUCCCGAAGCUGCCGCCGCCCUGGGCGCCGCCUGCCGCGGCUCUGGUUUCUUUCUUGCAGCGGGCCACGGCGUGCCGGACGAUGUCGUCAUCUCGAUGUUUGACCAGAUCAGGUCACUGUUUGACCUGCCCAUUGCCGACAAGAUGGCGCUGCUGCAGGACGAAAACAACCGCGGGUAUACGCCCCUGUUGGAGGAGACCCUUGAUCCUGGGUCACAGACCAAGGCGCGUGCAAUUGACGUUUUUGGUUUUGCGCAGGGUGAUACCAAGGAGGGCUACUACAUCGGCAGAGAGGUCCCCGCGGACAGCCCCGAGGCGCAGCUACCCCUCCACGGCCCCAACCUUUGGCCGCCUGAGAAGCUUCUGCCCGGCUUCCGUGCCACCACCGAGGCCUACUUCUCCUCCGUCACUGCCCUCGGCCACCGCCUGCUGCGGCUGCUCGCGAUCAGCCUAGAUCUGGAGCCAGGUCACUUUGACCCGUUCUUCGACCCGCCCAUGGUAUUCCUGCGGCCGCUGCACUACAGUGCAGAGGUCUCCCGGCCGGGGGAUGGCGUGUUCGGGGCCGGCGCGCACAGCGACUACGGCAUGCUUACGGUCCUGGCAACCGAUGGCCAGCCAGGGCUGCAGGUGCAUGUGGGGGGCGCCUGGGUGGACGUGCCUGCCGCCCCGCGCUGCUUCGUGUGCAAUCUGGGGGACAUGCUGGAGCGGUGGACCAACGGGCUGUACAAGAGCACCCUGCAUCGCGUCGUCAGUACUACGGGGCGUGACCGCUACUCGAUACCUUUCUUUUUUGAGCCAAACUUCAACGCUGUGGUGGAGGCGCUCCCGUGCUGCGUCACGGCGGACCGUCCCGCCGCCUACCCCCCCACCACAGCGGGGCGCCACCUCCUGGAGAAGUACGCCGCCACACACGCGGGCUACGGGAAUGGCGAGGCAGCAGCGGCAACAGCGGCAGCGGGGGCGGCGGGGGCAGCGGGGGCAGUGUGA